UUACUUUGAUCUUGAUUUGUUUCUAGACUGGUUCUUGACUGUACCAGAUUGGUACUUGGUUGUUGUCUAAGUUAUUAACUUUGUUCUUGUUUUUUGACUGGUGCUUGACUUGGUUCAUAAGGUUUUUGUUCUGCUGGAUUCUUCGUUUUUUUUUUUUUUUUAAACCUGGUUCUGUAAUGGUUCCUGACCGGUUCUAGACUAGCUUCUUGACUUUUUUUGCGUUGCUUCUUCUCUGAGUCUUGACUUGUGUCAACUAGUAUGUCAUGUCUUCACUAUUGUAGAUUUUUUUGCAGGUGUUUGUAGUUCGGGAAUAAAACAAGAAUGGGAUCUGGGAACUAGCUGGGAGUUGUAGUCUUCUCGUCACUGCCUAGCAACCGCUGGCUGUGUUAGUGUUUCCAUGGCGACCACCGCGGCUGCCGUCAACGUUGUCACGAGCGACGUACUGGUUUGCUUUGACUCGCCGCCGCUAAAAACUUGUUCGUGCGUGUUUGUCGUCUUCUGUGUUCUGUUAGCGAGCAGCGGGAGCAUCUUAACUUGUACGGAAGAGGAAAGUUGUGUGAAGCGUGUCCAUUUUGAAGGCGAAGGAAGGAAGCCGAGAAGAUGGACGGAACUCAGCAGGUCAGCCUGCAGGUGGCUGCUUCCUUCAAAGCUUUCCUCAUGAAGAGCAGCAGCAAGAGCAACUUAAACCUGUACGACCACCUUUCCCGGCUGCUGAUGCGCGUGAUCGAGGAGCGUCCCCACGACGUGGUGGACGUGAUGGAGGACCUGAGUCACGACGUGAAGCUGCGUCUGUACGAGGACACGCAGAGCACCCUGCAGGACCUCCAGCAGACCACGGCCGCCGAGGAGCUGGCCGAGCAGCAGAAGGUUCUCUUCGUCAGGCCCGAGGACGCCCCCGAGCACGAAUUCGAGCUGGAAUCUGCUCUGCCCAACGUGAGCGAGAUCGCGUACUUCCUGGAGCAGGCGGGCGUGGGCCUGGGCCGCGAGGAGAUGCAGCGGGUCUUCCUGGCCCUCAAGCAGCUGGUUUCGUCCUACACCAUGCAGCGGUGCCGCCUGUGGGGCAAGAUCCUGGGCACGGAGUGGAGCUACAUCAUCGCCGAGGCCGAGUUCACCGAGGGCGAGGAGGAGGACGACGACGCCGCGGAGGAGGCGGCCGACGACGAGGCCCGAGAGGUCGACGCCAAGGAGAAGGCCGAGAGCGAGAUGGACCCACUCCCCCAGUCCACGUACAAAGCUCCCCCCGUGGUUCCCAAGGAGGCCAAAGGAACCGGAGCCAACAAGUUUGUGUACUUCGUGUGCAACGAGCCGGGCCUGCCGUGGUCCAAGCUCCCGUCGGUGACCCCGGCCCAGAUCACCGUGGCCCGCCAGAUCCGCAAGUUCUUCACGGGCCGGCUGGACGCCCCCAUCGUCAGCUACCCGCCCUUCCCGGGCAACGAGGCCAACUACCUUCGGGCGCAGAUCGCGCGCAUCUCGGCCGGCACGCAGAUCAGCCCGCAGGGCUUCUACCAGGCCAUCGAGGAGGAAGGCGCCGAGGAGGAAGGCUCCUCCGAGGACGGCAUCGAGGAGAACCCCGAGUUCGAGGGCGUCCCCGUCGGAGAGCUGGUGGACUCCUUGUCCUCUUGGGUGCAUCACACGCAGCACAUCCUGCAUCAGGGCCGCUGCACCUGGGUGAAUUUGGCCGUGAAGACGGAGGACGAGUCCAACGAGGAAGAGGCCGAGGAGAUCGAAGAGGAACCCGACGAGCCCGAGCCCGAAGUGGGACCCCCGCUGCUCACGCCGCUCUCCCAGGACGCAGAAAUCUUCGAGACGGUUCCGUGGAGCUCCAGCCUGUCGUCCACGCUCACCUCGCAGCACGCCAUCGCCGUGAUGCGCUCCAACUGCUGGCCGGGGGCGUGCGCGUACGCUUACGCAAAGAAGUUUGAGAACAUCUACGUGGGCUGGGGACUGAAGUACCCGGGCGACGGCUACAGCCCGCUCCUCCCGCCGCCGCCCCAGAACGAGUACCCCAGCGCCCCCGAGAUCACCGAGGACGUGGACCCCACCGUGGAGGAGGAGCAGGCCCUGCAGGACGCGCUGGACGAGAAGCAGGCGGCCGAGGAGGCCGAGGAGGGAGAUUCGGACGAGGAGCAGGACGAGGAGGACGACUGAAGCCGUCACACUAAACGGCCACGUAUACUGGACGCAAAUGUAGGACAAAUUUUACUACAACAAAGAUGAGAAGAUCAUUAGUUUAUAAUUGGUAUACAGCACAAAUGUUUGUGUGUCAUCGUUUCUGUCUAAAAAAAAAACAACAAAAAAUGGAUGGAUGGAUGGAUGUAAACUGAACUGGUCGCCAGCCAAUCGCAGGGCACUAAUAAUAUAUAUCAUAUUAUAAUUGCAAUACAAAGUGAAAUAUUCAUGUAAAAUGUCACAUUUUAUCAUAAAGCCGAGUUAGAAAAAGUACACCAGCUUCAACAUUAUUGCCAAAUUAAUCCAGCCUGAUAAUGCCACACAACACAAAUCAAAAAAACAUACCAAUGUAAUAAAUAUAUGAACAAAAAAUGUCAUUCAUGCAAAAUGUUAUUACAGGGAGCAUUAAAAACAACAGACAGCGCCUAAAACAUUAAAAAUGUAAUUGACAACCUGUUUGGCUGGUGAAUGAAUGUGUGAGCAUCUGCAAAGGCGCUUUGGCCACUGGAAUGGGGAAGUUCAAGUUCUCUAUGAGUGUAGUCCGGUUACCAUUUUACACGAGCAAUGAAGAAGAAAUAUAUACUAUUCUACACAAACACAAACAAAUGUAUGUAAUAUCAUUAAUGAAAAAUAGGAGUUUUAUAACAGGUGGUGUUACAAAACAAGUCAACUGGAAACAUCACAGCCUGUUUGUGUAACACCACACAACACAAAUAAUGAUUAAAAUAUAUAUAUCAAUAACGACGUAAAACAUAAUUGAAAGGUUGAUGUUAUUUUACCACAGCUAGGAUU